AUGGUGCCCGACGGAGGCCGCGCGUCGAGGCCCGCCUCCGCGGCCAACCUGCCGCCGCUGGCGGCGUCCUCGAGGGGCGAACGUGCGCCGGGUGGGGCCGACGUGAUCAGGCAGACCCGUUGGCCCGGCAGGGCCGCGGGGGGCAGGAGGGGGUCGGCGGUGCAGGCGGCGUCGGGAGGCACUGCUGAGAGAUGGAUAGAGGACAAUUUGGACAUGGGCCCUGUGGUGAAGUCCAGCCUUGUGGGAUCGUCGGGGUGGUCUUCACAAUACAUCUAUGAGACAGACAGUGGUGUCAAAUUGUUUGUGAAGACUUCAAGGGGCAGUGACGAGGGCAUGUUCAAAGGGGAGGCUCUGGGGCUUCAGGCUAUGUACGACACCCACACCAUGCGCAUCCCCAAGGUGUACCAUUUUGGGGUGCUUCCUGCCAAUGGUGGAUCCUUUAUCGUCAUGGAGCACCUAAACUUUUCGGGCCGGGCCAGCCACGAGGAGCUGGGCAGGCGACUUGCCCAGAUGCAUCUAGCUGAGCCACAGGAUGACAAGGCGCGCAAGGGGCUGUUCGGAUUUCCUGUGGACAAUACCAUUGGUGGCACUCCCCAGCCCAAUGGCUGGAUGGACAACUGGGUGGACUUCUUCAGGGAGAGGAGGCUCAGGCACCAAUUGGAGCUGGCAGGAGAUGGACGCCUGAUGCAGAUGGGUGAGCGGCUCAUGGCAAGUCUGGAAACUUUUUUCGAUGGCGUGUCUGUGAAACCCAGCGUGCUGCAUGGUGACCUAUGGAGUGGCAACAUCGCGGCGGUGGAUGGGGAGCCCUCCAUCUUCGACCCUGCCGUGUAUUAUGGCCACCAUGAGGCGGAAUUCGGGAUGUCUUGGUGUGCAGGGUUCUCGGCCGCCUUCUGGAAGGCUUACCACGACAUCAUCCCAAGAUCGCCUGGAUUCGAGGAGCGAAAGAAAAUCUACCUCCUGUAUCACUACCUCAACCAUUACAAUCUGUUUGGAUCAGGCUACUACGGCGAGUGCCAAUCCCUGCUGUCCCAGCUCACCCGGAAGCUGUGA